CAAUCACUGCAGCAACAGAUCGCCACCCUCCAGCAGAGUCUGCAUGAGGCUGGAAUGAACAGUGGUCGGCUGCAGAAGGAAGUACGUCAGUCGUCCACACGGAUUCAGGACCUGACUCGUCAGUUGAGGGAGACGCAGGCCAACUGCGACUCUAUUGCCAGUCAGCGUGACAGCCUACAGACCAAGAUCGAACAGUUGCAACAGUCUGCAGGACGUUCCGGUGGUUCAGUCUACGGCGGACGACCUGCAUCUGUGGCAGCAGGCUACUCCGACCUGCUAUCGUCGACUACAACCAGCACAAGUCAGCUGUCGCGGGAGCUGGAUAGGCUGCAUCGGGAACAGGAAAGCAUGCGCAGCCAGCUGGAGUCCGCGGAACGCAAUGCGCGCAGCUUCAAGGCGGAGGCGGAGACCGCGCGGGCCGACGUCACCCGACUGAAGGAUGACCUCCAACACCAGAAGGAUAUUCUGAGCGAGCUGCAGGAAAACCUGGAAUCGCGGGAGGAGGAAAUGGUGAGAUUUAUAAGUUUUGUUUUCGGUUCUGUUUCUUACUGA